AGUGCUUCAAGGGAGGAAACCAUUGCUACCGUUAAUUAUUAGUUUAGGCAUGGUUUUCUCCCUUUGUAAUUUUAUAAACAGGAAGUACCUCAAAAGUUAUCUCCCUUUCAAAACUGUCUGCAAAACAAACAAGGUCGAAAAAAUUUUAAAAAAUUAAAAAUCAACGUAAUCCUGUGUAAAGAAGAUGCCAGGUAGAGGGAAACCCAAGUCUAGAAAGAGACAGAACACUGUCAGUGUGAUAGAAGCUGAAAGUUUGUCUUCAAUGGAGCAGGAGCCUGAAAGAUUGAACAUUUUGGGCACCUCAACUCAGAGGGAUAUCUGGAUAGUGGGGGAUUCCCUUGUUAGAUGGGCAGGGCGUCAGUUUUCCCAAAGGCAAAGGCCGAGUUUCUGUAACAAUAUCUCAUGGGAUGGAACUAGUGGGUUGAAGCUAGACGGUCUACAUGCCAAGUUGCAGUAUGGGCUAAUCCAAGGCAAGGACCCUAAAAUUAUUUUUGUACAUGUUGGGGGAAACAAUAUAACCAAUACCAAUCAAUGUAAAAUUGUAAGAAAACUUAAAACUGAAUUCGAAUAUUUAUUUUCUAAUUUUCCCAGAUCACUUAUUGUCUGGACUUUCAUACUACCUCGUUUAUCCUGGUCAUACAAUAAUCAAUCAGCUGUAUAUAAUCGUAACAUGAAUAAGAAACGUUUAUCCAUUAAUAGACAAAUGUCAAAUUUUACCCUUAAUCAUACUAAUGGCAGGGCUCUUAAUAUGAAAUCUAUAGAUACUCAAACUCAGGGUUUCUAUCAUACCGAUAAGGUCCAUCUAUCAAAUGUUGGAAAUGAAAUGUACAUUCUUGCUAUUGGUGAGGCAAUUACACAAUUUCUUAGUUCUUCUGGUACAACAUUCCUUGAACAUUAGGCCUGAAUUUUGGCGGACAAAUUGUCUUUCUGCGUCAAUUUGUUGUGGCGGAAAAUUCUAGGCUGCUGGGGAUUAGAUGGUGUCAUUAUUAAACUUGUCUGUAUCUGCACACAUAAUUCAUAAUUUAUUGUACACUUUAACUUUAUACAAAUAAGCAUUAUUAUAUUGCGUUGGCUACUUCCCUUCAUAUGGCACAAUGGGUACAUUGUUGAUGACCAAUGUGGGACAGAUGCUAAUGUUGUAUAUUUUGUUUCACAUUGCUGGGUCAGCUCGGAACAGGCGGGCUCAGCUGCAUUUAAGGAGAUGUAAUAAUAAAAUGGAGAUCUUAUUUUACUCUGAGCAGUAUCAGUAGAGCGGAGAUAUAUUAUCAGUAGAGCGGAGAUAUAUUUGGCUCAGAGUAUAGACCAUACUUUGUUUAGAGCUGAGACUAUCUAUUACUGAAAUUUUACAGCGGAAAAUUAUCUGUACAAUUAUUAGGGUUGCAUAACCACGACCGAUAAAUAUUAAGCACAAUGACACUGUCUGAUCCUCGGCGGUCUUGAAGUUUUCCAAACUUCCUUA